UCACAUCCGGUAAACUUCCUGCCGUUCGGAUGCCGCCAAAAACACUUUCAAGAGCCACCAGCGAACAUGGCGUCAAAGAAAGAGGCGAAGACAAUCCGCAAGUUUGUGUGCGAGGAGCUGCGCGGCGAGCCGGACCUCAGUAAGCUGACCUUGGGGAUUUUAAAAAGACGAUAUCUGGCACAUGCGCGAUGUGAAAAAUUAACUCCAGAAGCCAGAAAUAUCAUGAAGCGUGUGGUUGAAGAGGAAGUGAUGAAAAUGCAGAACAAUGAUGAAAAUGAAAGUGAUGUGGAGACCAACACGAAACUCCCAAUCAAAAGGAAGAGAGAAAAAGAAAGUUCCGAAAUGAGGGGAAGUGGGGAAGAAGAAGAAGAAGAAGAUGAUGAGUCCACGGCAAAGAAAUCACGUCGUCAGUCAAACUCCUCAUCAGAAUCAGUGGAAAAGGACGACUGCAAAUCAGGAAGUGAAAGUGAGGGAGAGGAGCGAAUUAAUUCUGUAUCUGAAGAUGAAGAGCAAGGGGUAAAAAAACAACGGCGAAAGACAAAUGCAAACAUUAAACGACAGAUAAGCAGUGAAGACUCGACCGAUGAGGAAAUAAAUAGAUCCAAAGACGGCAAAAGUGACAUUGAGGAGGAUCCAAAAGAAAUGGUGAAUAAGAAAACAAAUGUAACACAGAAUGGAGAGAAAAAAAGCAGCAAUUCAAGUCCUGGAAAGAAAACUCCACAGAGUGAUGAUGAGAAGGAAACUGACAUGGAUAGUGAGUCAGAAAAGGGGGACAAUAUCCACGACAACGACCCCUCUGACCACAGUGGGAAAGAAGAAAAAAUCUCAGUGGAAACCAAGAACAACAACGUAGACUCAGAUUCGUCGUCACUUCCCUCUUUGGAGGAUGAAAAGCAAAGUGGAAAGGGAAAAACACAAGAUGAUAAAAAGAAGAGAACCUCAAAAAAAGGGCAGAAAGAGAAUACUCAAAAGGAUGACAACAAAGCUGUUGUGAGGCUCAAGCGGUACAUUUCUCUAUGUGGUGUGAGGCUAAAUUACAAGAAGCUCCUCGAUGGAUGCCGCUCUGUUCGCUCCCAGGUGGAUGUUCUGAAGAAGGAGCUUGAAGGUCUUGGUGUUGAUGGUCAGCCAUCUAUCGUGAAAUGCAAAAAAGUCAGAAUGAAAAGAGAGGAAUCUCAGGAAUUAGCUGAGCUCGAUGUCAACAACAUCAUUGCCACCAAAGGUCGACCGAAGCGCAGAGGAUCAUCAGCAUGGCAGGAAACACCUAGCCCUCAGUCUUCUACGUAUCUGCGCUCUCUGAACUCUGGCUCUGAUAGUGACGAGGAGAAUAAAACACGCACAGCACGGAGGAGAGCAACCGACUGGGCCAACCUGCAGGGGAUCAUCAGUGAUGAUGCGGACAGCAACUGACUGAUUUGGCAUGAUCCCGUUUGGAUAUGGACCUACCUUUCUCUUUGUUCAACUUUGAUUCACAAAUUGUUUUGAUAUCAUCUUAUAGUAUGUCUUUAACCG